CAGGCAAAAUAUUAUUGGACUGUGAAUGGGACAGAAAUUGUUUCGGAUGAUCGAGUAGUUGCAUUUGACAAAGAUACCGGGACACUUACAACAGGGCCUCUAUUUGGUGAAUUACACACAGGAGAUUAUCAAUGUUUUGCCACCAAUCAAUAUGGUACCGCUAUGACACCAAUCCUGAAAAUCAUAGCCACAGUUGCCAAUGCGUUCAAAGGAACAGGGGUGUCAACAACAGAUUUAGAGGUGGAUGUUUCAAAAUACUUCAAAUUAGAAUGUAAAGAUGUUCCAUAUAGUGUUCCCCAGUGGCAGUUUGGCUGGCAGAAAAGUGUUGUACAGGAUGGAAAAUUGGUAGCAAACUACGUAAGAAUAACAGAAAGAUUUGCUAUUGAUAAAAAAGGAAAUCUUCAUUUUCUAUGGGCUGAGAAGACAGACAAUGGUUACAUCUAUGGGUGUACUACAGUCAACAUGGUUUCACUCAUAGAAGUUAGUAAUACACAGACAAUCCGACUUACUGUGAAUGAUGGUGAACUGGGUGAUCGUCAGCCAGAGUUGAAAUAUCAUGAAGAUGUACAGGUGCUUGCCGGGGAUGAUGCUGAACUUAUGUGUAUAUUUACAUACUAUUCUAUCGUUGGAGAUAAACUGACAAUAAAUUGGUUUAGAAAUGGCGUGAAUGUAGGAAAAGGAUACACACUCAAUUUAGAUAAUGUUUUGUUACCUGAUGAUAAACAGAAUCAGGAGGGUGAAUACAUGUGCGAGGCCAAGCUCGGUAGUGGUAGUCCAGUUUAUGGAAGAGUUAACCUGAAGAUAGUUGCUCCUCCAAUAUUUGUAAAGGCCCCAGAAACAAAAUCAGUGCCAAUUGGAAAUGACGCUGUAUUCAAUUGCGAGGCAACAUCACAUAAUUCGUACAGUGACCCCCCUGUCUGGUUUGUUAAUGCUGUACCUCUUAUAGGCUGCCAUGUUCGACAUUUUGAAUGUUCUGAACUUAAAAAUGGUAGAUCUCAAUGUAUAAAGGAGGAUCUGGUUUGUGACAAUGCCCCAGAUUGUUCUGAUGGAAGUGACGAAAGCAAUUGUCCAGGAUCUUGUCGCGAGGGUCAUUCCUGGUGUAAUGGCAAAUGUGAAAGUGCCGAUCAUGAGUGCAAGGACAUUGAUUGCGAAUAUCCAGGAUUCCUUUGUAAGACUAAGAAUGCUUGCUUGAGAAAAGAUCAAGUUUGCAACGGCUAUAAUGACUGCGCUGAUGGGUCUGAUGAACAUGCUUGCCCUGAUGGUGCAGAGAUUCAACGGCAAAGAUGGCAAAUGCCUUCAGAUAGAAAAAGACUUGUCUUACCUAAUGUUACAGUGGAUGAUACACUGUGUGUGCAGUGUCUGGUACGAAAUGAGUAUGGAUCAACAAUUGGUGAUGCAUGUAUGACUGUUAUAGAUAAGAUCGUCGUAAUAAAGGGUCCCAAUUCUACAUACGAUGUGGAACCAGGUAUGUCUGUGUUAAUUGAAGUUCAGGCAACCACAGAUAAAUUGUUCCUGAAUCAGAUGAAGUUUAAGUGGCAGUGGUAUGAGGAACAAAUGGACGAUGAAACGGGAAUCGCUGUUACAAGACCGGUGAUUCUGCCACCAAAGUCGUCACUCGGCAGAUACAUCCGUAUAUCACAGAAUGGUAAGAGCGCGGCAAUCCAGUUCCCGGAUGUGCAUUGUGAUGACCAGGAUUCGUACAAUGCAUACAAUGCUCUCAAAGACCGAUUAUACACUCUCAUAAUAGAACACCAGUAUGACCGAGUAGAACUCAACUUCACUAUUAACGGCAUCAAUAUCGGUAGGUUUUCUUUAUUCUUUGUAGCUCGUGUUCCUGAAAUUGAAGAAUGGUUAAGAAAUUUAGUGUUCAUUACACUGAUCCUCGUAAUUGCGGCCGUCAUCGUGGUCAGUCUGUUUAUGGUGUUUUGUAAAAACAGAAACAGAAAAUGUCCUUGCAUGGUGCACAGGAAUGAACAUCAGGCUGGUUUUGACCAAGCACUGGAAUUAAAUGACCGUGGAAUUCAUGAUAAUGAAGGACGUGAUGAUUCUGAUGACGACAAUCUCCACUCAGAGGAAGCCAAACUGCACAAAGCUGACGAUGAUGCGACGGAGUCUGGAAGGGAAGUUGAUGGUAUAAACCUCCGUCGAGGAGGGGAAGUUGAUGGUAUAAACCUCCGUCGUGGAGGGGAAGUUGAUGGUAUAAACCUCCGUCGUGGAGGGCAAGUUGACGGUAGAAACCUCCGUCGUGGAGGGGAAGUUGAUGGUAGAAUAUAACGUCAUGGAGGGUAACUGGUGGUAGAAAGUUCGGUCGUUGAGGGGAAGUUGCUGGUAAAAAAUUUAAGGAGCAUCUUAAAUCGGUAAAUAGAGCGCCAAAAAGUUUAUACUGCACAAAAAAGUCACCGCGUAAUGUCCUUUUUGAUAUUUAAAGAUCCCGUAACACAAUGUUUUACUGUUUUAUUUCAUAAAUAUGAUGUUCAAAGUAAGAUGUGUCAAUAUUGUAAGUUCCAAUAAGCAUUAUUUGUAAAGAUAUUACCGAAUUUACCAUUUCAUGUAAAUAAAGGGAGGUAAUUAAAAAUUCAUUUUCUAUAAAUUCAAAGUUAAAUUUUCCAUUAAGAAAUGAAUGCAUAUAAGUUAUUGAUUACUUAUUGAUUACUUAUAAUGUACACAAAUAUUUGCAGUACAUAUUUUACAUAUUAUUCGAUGUUUGAAACCUAUUUUAAUAAUAUACAUAUAUUAUUUCCUGUAAAAGUGGUAUACACACAGGUACCAUAUCAAUUACAAAACAUACAGGAUCUUUAAAUGUUUUUCACAAAAAUAACAAAAGAAAAAAGAAAAUGAGAAAGAGACUGAAAGAGUAAAUUGUGCAGUAAAUAGUUAACAAGUGAAAAUAAUAUUGAAAUGAAAAUGAAAAAAAGUAUUAAGUAUUAUAAUGUAUAAAAAAUAUUAUCACGAAACUUUUAUUUUCAAAUAAUUUAUUGACAGUAUAGAUUUUGUCCUAUUUUGUUAAAGGGACUCCACUGAGGUUUAAAAGGCUUAAAAACAUAACAUUUAAAUUUCUUACAUAAAUGAGAUAGGGCACUUUAAACAGAAAUAUAUGCAAAGAUAGUUAAGAAAUAUACUUUGAAAUAAAUUGAAAAUCGUAUUUUUAUGCUUUUCUAAGCCCGAUUUGAGUGAAAAGCGUUUAAACACUUUUCAUUUUGGGUUAUCUUCUUUACAAUGUGAAUAAUUAUUCUGGAAAAACGAAGUGCGCGAAUAAGAUAAGUUGUCUAAACCUACAUCAAAUGUUACAUUUAUCAGGAAAAAGUAUGUUCAGUCCCAUCAUGUCAAAAUACCUCAAUGGAAACCCUUUAAGAAAGGUACAAACAUAGGGUAACCAUAAUCAUUAAUCAUCAUCAUUGUUAAUCGAUUACUUUUUUUAUAAGUCGUGCAUUAAUCAUUGAUCACUGAUGCUUUUUUGAUUACUUUAAUCAUAAUCUAACUGAUUACUGUCACAAAAAAGUCUGUCAUUUUAUGAUUACUUUUAUAUUACUUUGACCAAAACUGGUCAUUCUCUAAUGAUGACACAUUUAUUACCCUGUAUUAUUGACAUUUUCACACCAAGUAGAUGCCCCCUACUUGUGUAAAAGGUAUUGCCAUAGGGGUAAUAGAUAUUUUAUUAUAGAAAUAUUUAGGGACUGUCUUCUGAAAGGAGCUGUAGUAAUAUAUUGUCCAACAAGAUUGACUUGGCACUCUUGCACUUGAUCCUAUAGUUUGCAAAGUCUGUAAAUGUUACGAUCUACUUGUAAAUCGAUGUGAAUGUAUAUAAGCAGAUGUUAAAUGGUCUAAAUCAAUGACCUCUCUUAAGUAGCGCAGUCGGUAAACCAGUCACCUCAAGAAUAUAUUCAUAAACUCGUAGGUUCAACCACUUUCAUUUCAUUUUAGUUUAAUAUUAAAGUUGCCAUUCUUAAAACUCGUGCAAACCGUUUUUGUGUAUACUAUCUGUGUAGUAUUUUUAAUUACUGCAAAUAUAGAGUGUAUGCGCUAAAAGAUAUACAUGUACAUGUAUAUACAAAUGCAUAAUGUCACAAAGAAAAUUGUUGAAAAAUAUACGUUCUAGAAAAAAAAACAUGAGGUUGUCUGUACAUCUGAGAAGUUACGGAAACAACCCUGUUAAUACAAUUUUAGGAAACAUAUUCCUCAACAGGAUAGUAUAGGCAGAACGACUGACUCUGCUAGUGGUUCAUUGAUUUGUAUUAUUAACGCUCUGUACUUCAUGUAAUGACAUAACAUAUAUAAUUGUAUAAAACUGAAUUUGUAUGCUAUAUUCUUUCUAAAAUAUAUUGAAUAUUGUGUAAUAUACUGACUUUGUGUGUGUCAAGUCGGUAAGUUUAAAUAUAUGUAUAUUUUUUAUUUUUACAAACAAAAUAAUUAAUUAGGAAAAGUAGGAAAUUCCUGUCAUAAAACGGUCUCUGGCAGUAACUAGAGAAUACCAAAAUUAAAUAUAGCAUAUCAUUAGUGAAAAGUCCUUAUUCUUUUUAGAAUUAUUCAAAACUAUAAAUAUAUAAUAGAUCUUAAGUUGAUUCACUUGAAGUGUGUUUUCUGCGUUGCAGAAUAUAUCGAAAUAUCCUCCUUAACUUAUGAAACAGAAAACAAACCAAAAUUCAGUUGAUUGAAAUUGGUUACAUGAAGAUUGCUAUAUCAAAUAGGGAACACGGAGAUGAUGCAAAAAUUAAGUUGUUUCAAAUAUGAAUACAAAUUUUAUUUUAGGACAUAAUUGGUUAACAAAAAUUGGUGUUACAUUAUUUUUGAUUAAGCUGCUUGCGAGUUAAUAAUACAUAUAUACAACUCUAAGAAAAUAAUCACAUCACAUCAAUUGUAAGAUUAAAACAAGAUGUUAUACUUAAACCCCAGACAGUAAAUGUAUGUAAUGCUAAGUUUAAACAAAACAGAUUUGGAAAAAAGAUAAACUAUGUGAUAUAAUUUCAUUAUUUACAAGAACCAACACCGAGCGGGGGCAACUGUUCUGCCGUGAAAAUAUAUAUAUUAUUAUGGAAACACAGAUACUAUGAAUUUAUUUUUAAUAAUUGAAAUAUUAUUCAGUUUAAAUUGUUGUAAUAAAACAUUAAAAAGGUAUUCUUAAGGAUUUUCAUCAGGCACUGUCAUUGAAUGAAUCUUUUUUUUUAUCUGCCCACACCCCCACCCAGCCACUCCCCCGAGGAUAUACCAUGUGAUAUGGACACAUUAUGUACAAAUUAUACAGAAACCUAGAAAUACAGAGCGUGUUUAAAUACAAUGAAUUAUAUCUCCAAUAUUAUAUUUUGAUUGGGAUGAUUUUAGAAUGCUUAAUGAAUUAACUGACAAAUCGAAAUUGUGUCAAGUCAAACAAAUCGUCAAGAUUAUCUUACUUUCAAGGUAAAAUUUAGGAAGAAAUUUGGAAUAAGUCUAUUUUAUUCAUUUCCAUAUUCAUCUUAAAAAUCUGCUUAUUCCAUUACAAGUAAUCAGUUGCUCAACAUGUUCUAGUUGACAUCUCUUUUCCAUAGAAUAUUAUUUUCUCUAACAUGUUUAUAAUAUUUUAUGGUAAAUUGUGUUAUAUUAUGUUUUAUGUGAUACAUAAUUUUAUGUUACAUAUUUAUAUUUGAUAAAAAUAACAUUGUUAAGAGACUUCACUUGAUAAUACCGCUGGCCUUGUGGUUUUGGAUCGGGAGGUCGAAGGUUCGAGCCCAACGGGGAGCGUUAAUAGAAGGAUGAAUGUUUCUCGUGGGACUCGUUCCGAAAUGGCCGCUUCGUGAGCUUCGUGAGCGGCGAGGUAGUUAAAAUGAAUGGUUACCGAGUUCUAUCCGCCUGGUGCCUGGUGUAGUGGUAGGAGUAAUGGAGGUACAUGGUAUGCAAGCAUAAGGUGUUUUAUAAGUCAGAAAUGGCUGGCCCUUUCAGUAAAGGUGACACAAUAAUAAACAACACAUUUUACCUUUUAUGUGAGUAGUUACUGUUUUAGACAUUUGCUACUUUCAUUUUUUUCUUACUAUGUUUUUUGCUAACUGUAUAGGGGUAAAGUGUUUUAGAAGGAAAGGUAGUGUUCUAACAUGAAAAUAUAGAUGUUAUAAUGGAAAUACAAUGUAUAGAUAUUAUAAAUAUAUUUUUCAUUAUUGAAAUAUAAUUCAGUUUAAAUAGUUGUAAGAAAACAUUAAAAAGGUAUUCUUAAAAUUGUUUAUCAGAUAGUGUUAUUGAAUGAAUUAUUGUUUUUUUAUCUGCCCGAGGAUAUAUUAUGAGAUGUGGACACAUUAUGUACAAAUUAUAAGACAAAUAAAUGUCAACAAAAUAUUUGAAACAAUAAA